AUGCCUACUACUCCAACUAUUCCCGCUCGUAUUCAUGCCUCUCGUCUUAUCCACGCUUUCCGAACAGUUUCAGCCAAAGAGGUGCUCUUUGUUCUCAAUGGUCGUGGAAAAUUCCAUCGUGAACUGAUUAAUCCAAUGAAAAUGCCCACUUUGGAUCAACUUUUGGAGGAGUGUUCCACACGUUUAGAAAUAGCAAUUCAUCGUCUCUAUACUCCACAGGGAAAACUGAUAACCACUGUUGAAGAAAUUUUAUCAUACGAUGGAUUAAAAAUUAUCGCAUGUCCGAGAAAUGAACGGCCAUAUUUGAAUGAGAACUCGACAAAAGAAAAGCUUCCGCAAAUCCUGCCAAAAAGAUAUGCUCCACGUGAAGCCUAUUCUAUAUCAGAGAAGAAAUCUUCCACCGGAGGUUCGGAUCCUGCAACUUCGGGUAAUUCUUCUGGAAAUAGUAUUGAGAAAAGACAACCUCUCCCUUCAAUCAAUAAUCGAUAUGUUUCACGAAGACCACAAGAAAACGGUGUAUCAAAUUCUACAACUACCACAUCUCCCUAUGUUCCAAAAUCUUAUGCAUCGAAAUUGAAACAAACGGUUCCUCCUACUACCAAAUUGAACAAUAAGACAACUUCUAAAGAAGUUAAUAAAAAGCCAAAAAAGGAUACUGCAAUGUCAAGUGCAGAAAGUAAUAAAACCAAAGAUUCUGGAAAAGGAACUUCUUUGAAUAAUAGCCAACAAUCUGAGAGACAUGAAAAAAUGACAGAAAAAAAAGCUCAAAUGAUUCGUGAAGAAUUACGUACAAAUUUAAAACAACAAAAUCAUCAAAAUAGUAGUUCGGAUCAAUAUUCGGAAGAGGAUUUAAUUCGAGAAGCAGAAAGUGAUUUUGAACAUGAUGCAACUGGGAUCCAAAGCGGAACAAGCGAUGAAGAAGAAGAAGAAGCAGCAACAUCAAAUGCAACAAGUGCAGCUGAAAGUGCAAAGAAACGAUCAGCUCAUUCAAGUCAUAGAACUCCAGCACAGAAAACACCAUCUACUUCAGAAUCUGACAGAUUACCAAGUUUAUCUAAAUCAAAAAUGAAUCAGAAACAACGGCGGAAAACUAUGAGCCGACAGGAUACUCCUUAUCAAGCUACGCCAUCCCGUCAAACAACAGCAGCUACCGAAGCUUCUCGUCUCAGCACAUCUGGAUCAUCAGAACCUCACUCGCGAUAUUCAUCCCGACCGACAACAUCCUCUACAGCUGUUCGUGAAGUUUCAGAUGAUGAAGAUGAAGAUGAAAAACAUGAUAUGAUGAAUGGCACAAUAGAUGAAGAGGACUCUGGAAAUGAGGAAGUUGAUGACGAUGACGACGAAAGUUUGAGAGAAACACCGGCAAUCCAUACACCUGAUACAAGGUUGCCAACUUCUACAUCAAGAAAAUCUACAGCUGGUUCGGCUCGUAGUUUUGCGAGUGAAAGCUCCAGAGCGUGGAGUAGAAUAUCGGGUUAUAGUGAUAAGGAGCAAAUUCUCCCAUCUGAUGAAGAAGAAGAUCCAUAUCGUGAUAUAGGUACUGCUGAACGGGAACGGCUUGGUGAAGCUGCCACAAAGAUUCAGGCUGCAUAUAAAGGGUAUACUGUUAGGAAGAAGCAUGUUCAAUUCUUGAAGGAGAAAGAACGGAAAGAACAAGAAAUAUUAGAUUAUGAGAAACAAUUCAUACAUUACACAUUCGAAGUUAUGUUAGGAAAUCGAUUUGGGUUGGAUUUUGAUACACCCUUAUUUUUUGUGCUUCAUGGAGAAAAUGGGUCAAGUGAGAAGAUUUACACGCAGGCUGACGAUUGGUUGUUUUUGCCUAGUAGUUGUUAUGAUCCCGAGUCAUGGAUUUUAUCAAGUACUCGAUCUUUGAAAUUAGGAGUGCUCACGAGUAUAGAUGUGGGUCACGAACAAGAGGGUUACGGAGCCGGAACUUUCAUCGAUAAAAUUGUAAUAACUGAAGAUGAAAAGGGCGCGAAAGAGUGUAGAAGAUUUUAUUUUCAAGUUGAAAAAUGGUUUGAUAGUGGUCAAGUUGAUGGAUUAAUUGUGAGAAAUAUCAAAGUGAAUAGCUUUUUGUAUUUGGUUUCAUCUACGGAAAGAGGAGAAGGUGUUGUCGAACGGAAGAAGGAAACGAAGGGUCGUUGGGAAUUCCGCCUGCAUACUUUGAAUUCAGAUCUUGGAGGAACGACAUCUCAUUUGAAAAUUAUUGGAUACGGAGAUGAGAAUUGGCUAGCAGACGACAUUCCGAAUGAUAGCCUUCUCCGUGAUCCGUCUCAAGUUCCACGAAUUCAAGUUGAUUUCGGAAACAUUGGACGGCUUCAAAAAGUUCGAUUUGAAAUUCAGCCAGCCGGUGAUCAGCCUAACUAUUAUCUGGAAUAUGUUGAAGCUCAGGAUCUUGACACAAGGGAACGAUGUGUAUUGAUGGUGAACAAUUGGCUUCUGAAGGAAGCAACGCCGGGAUAUCGAAAGUUUCAGUCAUUCAGGGAAAUUGCCAUCUUUUCGAACAAUUAUUAUCCAGCUUCUAUCAGAACAUUCGAAGGAACAGUUACAUUUGGUGAUAAGUCACUUAUUCCACCUGGUGACUCUCCAAUCAUUCUGCAAUUAAUUUCGCAAGGAAAAAAUCAUGAUGAUAUUCCAUUGGAUUCUUCUGGAUAUUUUCCAAUUGUGGGAACAAAAAUGAAAAAUGGAACCACCAGCUAUGGAUACAAAGUUGAAUUGGUCACUCUUGAUUCUCUGCCAAGAAUUAGAAUUCUUCCCAAUGUCACUGAUCUUGGAAAAGAUAUUCUUGAUGGACUUCAUCUUUUAAAAGGGGUUUUUGACAACAUGGGCGACAAGGGGUUUUUAAAAGAAGAGGAUAUUUCCGUGGGAGAACAGCUUUUUAUCGAGGAAAUAGUCCAAAAAUCCGGUGAUCAUUACCCUUACGUAUGUACAUACAUAAAAUCCACAAUCGAUGUUGAGGAGAAUUUGAGCCGAGGCCCAUUUAUGAAACAGAUAAAGCCAAGUAAACACUCAGGCGCCAGUUCAAUUUCGACAGCGAAAAAGUUGAAGAAAGGCGAGAAGAAGGUAGUACAGGAGACAGUGAAUUGGCAGUUAACUAUGAGUUUGGAAAAAUCUGCCAAUCAUCAUCAUCCAAUAAUUCCAACAGUUGUACUGGUGACCAGAGAUCGACAAAUUUUUGAAAUGGAAUGUGAAAUGGAAACCCCAGAGCCUCGAGGUUCAAUGAUGUUUUUAAGAUAUACGUUAACUACUACAAACUUUGGAAAUCCGUUUAAAGUUCGAUUAUCAAGUGAGGAAGAUGGUCCAGAUGUAGAAACCCAUGUUCAUAAGAUGAUGCUCAACGAGCUGGAGUCGAAAACUUGCGUGUUUUUCAAAGUUUCAUGGGAACUGCAAGCAUUUGAAACGAUUGAGCAGGAGUGCACAUAUCCAGAUGUUGGAGAUAAUGGAAGCCGCGAUUAUGAAGUACACAUUCGAACCUUGGAAGGCGGCGGAAACUUCCGACCGUACAUUAAUAUAAUCGGAGACAACGGAGAUACCGGACACAGACCAUAUGCAGGAGUAAUUGAUUUUAAUCCAGAAAAUGCAAUGAUAAUGGAAAGUAUUGGAGCUAUCAAUCUGAAAGAGUUGCGGAACAUAGAAGUAUGGGCCAAAAUUGGAGAGCCCAUGAAUUGGAAGGGAAAUAUUACAAUAGUUACAUCGGAUGAAAAGAUUUAUGAGUCAGAAGAUUUAGAAUUAUCGAAAAACGGGCAAAUCGCAUUAUCCCCAUUGAUAUUUGUUGGAGUGAAUGAGCCGGUUAUUGAUGGUGAAAGUUACAUUUAGAUAUUAUCUGGUUAUCUACCUUUUUGUCUAGUCUAAUAUUGUUUUCAUUUUUUGUUGUUGAACAAAUAUUUAUUUCAAAUCAAUAUCCUUGUUACUUAUUUGUGCUUCGUCUUCUUUUUUACCACACACGGUUCAAUAUCACUUAAAGUCUUUCGGAAUUCAAUAUUAAUGAAUGAUUUAUGAGUU